AUGCCCAGCAAUUAUUUCCAGAAGCCAGACAGCAACAGCUACACCUAUUUUUCCUGGCAAAGAAAACAAAAACAUUAUAUAAAUGUUUACAGUAUUAAUUGCUUCCCCUAUAGAAUUUCGUAUGAUCCCACAAGAUAUCCUAAAUACAUUCCUGAAGCAUACUGUCUGUGCAAAGGCUGCCUCAUGGGGAUCUUUGGCGAGGAAAAUUUUCACUUCCGCAGCACCCCUGUGUACAUGCCAACAGUCAUCCUCCGUCGCACGUCGGCGUGUGCUGGGGGCCGUUACGUCUACACAGAAGAUUACGUCACUAUCCCAGUGGGCUGCACUUGUGUACCUGAGCAAGAAAAAGAGGCCGAAAGUGUAAAUUCCAGCAUAGAUAAGCAAGAAAUGAAGUUGCUGGUAAGCCAGAACAAGCCGUCAUCAGAAUGA